GGGAUUUGGAAUCCUAACGCUCUGAUCUGCUCUGAGGCAAGUGAAAGUGCACUCAUACAACAUCUUUCAAGGCAUAGAGGGCCUGUUCGAGGCCUGGAAUUUAAUUCUCUUUCGCCUAACCAUCUUGUGUCUGGGGCUGAUGAAGGUGAAAUCUGUAUAUGGGAUAUCUCAAAACCUGCAGAACCUACCCAUUUUCCUCCUCUCAAGGGUAGUGGAUCCGCGACACAGGGAGAGAUUUCUUUUUUAUCUUGGAAUAGCAAGGUCCAACAUAUAUUAGCAUCCACUUCAUACAAUGGGACAA